AUGGGCCGCGUGCCCACGCGAUCGCUCCCAAGAAGAAACAUCUCAGUCCUGCUUUUCUGGCAGGUCCUGGCGCUCGCUGCUGUUACCCCUAGCCGAGCACGAGCUGCCAUGCGCGCCAAUUCUCUUCUCAAUGGAGCUUCAGGCGUGACGUCUGUGGACUCUGCCGUGAGUUGGUUAGUGGAGAAUGCGGAUCCGCGCCAGCCACAGCAGUCCAAAGAGUACUUGAGGCAGAACGCUCACUAUGCCCUCAAGGCGCGAUCUGAGAUACCAGUCGCGCGGGAAGUUCCAGAGGAGCUCUUCCUCUCCGAGGUGCUCCCAUACAGGGUGGUCGAUGAGCCCGUUGACGACUGGCGUUCUGGCUUCUUCCAGGUUUUGGCCCCGCAUGCCGCGAAAGCCAGCAGCCUCCGUGAAGCAGUUCUGGACAUUGUGCCACGCAUUUUCACAGAGCUGAGGGCAUCGCCGAAGGUCAUGAAGGUACCCAACUCCACCGCAGUGGUCUUCAAGUCAAACUCCACCCCUGCGAUGAUGGCGCCCGUCAGUGAGACAUUGACCUCAGGAUAUGCCUCCUGCACGGGCACCUCCAUCCUCAUCGUAGAUGGCCUUCGUGCUGUCGGCAUUCCGGCACGCAUCGCCGGCACGCCACAGUGGAAUAUCCCCACGGGGGGCAACCACAAUUGGGUGGAAGUCUGGACAGGCGAUGGAUGGCAUUUCUUUGACGCUCAGCCAAGCGUCACCCUGGACCAGGCCUGGUUCGUGCCCGGCAACACCAAACAUGCGACAGAGGAACCGAUACACGCGAUUUACGCUGCGGAGUGGAAGACCGGGGAUGCGGACUACCCCCUCACCUGGCGCGACCCCGUGGUGAAAUGGCGGGCGGAGGACCGCACCGCAUUCUAUCUUCGCGCCUCGAAGUGA